AAGUGCAGGAGUCGAAAACGAAAGCUAACUCAUGAGUGACUGUCACUGUCCUCUGUGUGGAGCUUCAAGUAACACGAACCGUGAGCUCAGGCAUGGCACUUCAAAUGUCAGCUCUAUUUUCAUAUGUCAGAGCCCCGCUGUGCACCGUCCCUCUGCCCCGUGUCUGUGCCGACAUCCAGAGAGCCGGUAUCAAGUUCAAGCACAUCUUCACUCCUGGAAGCCCCCAGCUGGGAGGUAAGCCAGCAACAAGUCCUCUCCGCGGCCAUAUUCACACUGCACCCCGAGCGGAGAAGUUUUCAACAACAACAACAGCAGCAUUUAGGUGGUCCCGCCAGGACAGCGGCUCUUCCUCCUCUUCUCCCCAGGGGAGAGCAGGUUGGCUCGGCAGGGUUGCCCUCGGUGCCGCCUUCGGAUUGAGCGCAGCAGUGGUGGUGCAGUCUCUCCACACCGGGACGCUGGCCGCCAUGGCCCAGAAAGUUAACCUGAACUCGGCUGAGGGGGACUGGAAGGAGACCAAGGACUUCUUGCUGUCUCUGUCAGUGAAGGACAGGCGUCAGUACUACAGGACUCCUAAGUCUGUGCCACUGGACAACAUUGAAGUGUGGACUCCUACUGCAGUAGCAGCUGGUUCUGAGAAAAGUAAAUAUCCCAGGAAUGAAAAGUUGGACAAGAAGAUUUCCCUCUACAGUGGUGACAUCACCCAGCUGGAGAUAGAUGCCAUUGUUAAUGCAGCCAACAACUCUUUACUUGGAGGAGGUGGAGUGGACGGAGCGAUCCACCGCACCGCAGGUCCCCUACUAAAAAAGGAGUGUGCCUCCCUUCACGGCUGUGAGACCGGAGAGGCGAAGAUCACCUGCGCCUACGGCCUCCCAGCAAAAUAUGUGAUUCACACCGUCGGGCCGAUAGCACAAGGAGGAGUUGGAGAGGUGCAGAAGAAAGAUCUGAGGUCGUGCUACAGGAACAGUCUGCAAACCGCGACUGCAAACGAUGCACGUUCAGUGGCUUUCCCUUGCAUCUCCACUGGAAUCUACGGAUAUCCACCCGAGCAAGCUGUGCACGAGGCAUUAGCAAUUGUGAGGGAGUAUCUGGAAGAGCAUCAUGACAAGCUGGACAGAGUCAUCUUCUGCGUGUUUAUGCCAACGGAUAGGGAGCUGUAUCUGCAGAACCUCCCGCUCUACUUCCCUGCUGCCUGCUGACCAAUGACAGCAGCUUGUUGUUCAGCUCCCACAGAGACCACAGUGAAGAGUAAACUCUGAAAGAGUGGAUCAUCAGAUGUAGUUGAUGUGGAUACACACCACCACGCUCAGCAUCCUCCUCUGUGCCGACACAGAUCAAGACCUUCAGCAGGAAGAUAACUCCAAAGUGGAUGAUUGCUUCUUUUUUUUCCUUUUUUUUUUGAAGUGCAUAAUGGCUGUUGCGCAGAUGUUGAUUAGUUUUUGCACUAAUGGUUGAGGUUAAGAUAAAGGUGUGGGAUGAUUAUACUUUUGAGAAAUGGACUGCUUGGAACUUGGAACUGCACUCUAAUUUGACCCCUACUGUCUGUCAUCAUCAUGCAUUAAACAAACACUCUAUGAGUUGCGUGCCACUGUUUUUGAUUCCAGUAUGUGUGCAACAAUGACAAAAAACAUAUUAAAACUAAUCACACAGG